AUGACCGACGCAGAACUUGCAACGCUCGAGACAGGCCCGGCGAGUGAGGAGCAGCUGCAACAACUGGAAGGAGUGCUGCAAAGGGAGUUUGUGGCUACGGACCAGGCGCUGCGGGCGCUGGGCGUGUGGAGCAAGCGCGUAGUGGCGGCUGUCGAAGCCAAGGACAACCAGACCCUGCUCAGGCUGCUCGCCGCUGUCGAGGCCUUUGACAUGACCGUCGAGGUGCUGCGAAGCAAGGAGCUCUCAAUUGGGCGCAAGGUCAACGCACUAGGCAAGGAUGCCAGUCUCUCGCUCUCGGUGCGGACCCGUGCCCGCCGGGUGGUCAAGCAGUGGAAGGCCGUCGUCCCGUCGCGGAAGCGAAAGCUUGGUGCAGACGCCGGCGCGCCACGAGCCCUGGCCGCGAGCGCGCCGGCUGCCGUCACUGACGACGGCGCCGCAAGUAUGCCGCCGCCGGCCAAGCGCGCCCGCACGCUGGCCUCGCACUCGCUAGUCCCACCGGGCAAGGCAGCCGAGUCUGGCCGCAAAGUCACCGCCGUCAUCGACGACGACAUUGUCGACAACUCGGCUGUCGCCCGGCUGCGCAGGCGCGGCAAGCGUCGCGAGGGCAUCGUCUCCACAGACCAGAUCCGCCAGCGGCGCGAGCGCGAAAAGGCGCUCGAAGAGCUAAAGCGGCGCAAUGAUCCCGACGUGGCCAAGCUCGUCGUUGUCGACCCGACCGACCCGUCCAAGCCGCCGAGCAUGCUCCUGCCCGGCGUCGAGUACACCCCGUCGUCCGGCAAGUCAAAGUCGCUGCUCAAGGACAAUGCCAAGUUUAUGAAAGUCAAGCGCAAGGUCUCGUGGAUUGACGAGGCUUCCAACGAGAGCAUCCCGCUUGUCGCCGUACGCGAGAUCGAGCCGCGGCCAAACCGCCGCCCCAAGACCGGCGCCUUUCAGUCAGCCCGUGAGCUCGAGCUCGAGGCCGAGCGCCGCGUCUUUGAGGCCGCCCGUGAGCGCAAGCUUCGUCAAGCCGAAUUUGCUGAGGCUGCAGUGGACAAGCCCUGGCGCCGCCCGCCGCUUGUUGCCCGCCCGGCCAACGUGCCGACGCCCAAGGGACCUACCGUGUCCAAGGCGCGCGAGAUCGAGCUCGAGCGCGAGGAAAAUGAGUUCCCCGCAAGCUACCUCCGCGACGAUCUCAUCCCGCCGUCGCCUGAAGAGCCAGUCCUGCCCGCCGACUGUGGUGAGUUGAACGACGCCUCCACCACCAUCAUCCCGCUAGUCCCCGGCGACGCUCAAGGCAAGGUCUGCAUGGUGGAUCCCUUCGACGAGUCGACCCGCAUCGCCCCAGAGCCCGAGCCUGUGCCCGAGCCCCCCGUGCCCUCGGCGCCUCACACCCCAACCCCGGUCCUCGCCGGCGUCACCCUCCCACCCGAGCUUGCCUCUCUCCAGAACAACCCCGAGUUCAUUGCCCUUGUCCAGAGCCAGCCCGACAUCAUUGCCUCGAUCCUCUCUUCUCCCGAGUCGCUGCAGCAGAUCUUGGCCGCCCUGCCCGGCGCCGGCGCUGCCCCGCCGCCCGCUCCGCCGCAGUCUGCCGGCAAAUCCAAGCUCGAUGCCUUUAUGCGCAAGUCAAAGCCCGCCCCGCCCGGCCCGCUCCCGCCGACCCGUGGCCCGCCCGGCGUCGGCCCGCCGCCCGGCCCGCUCCCGCCCCCGCCCAGCCACGGCUGGAUCCCGCCGCGUCAUGGCCCGCCACCGGGCCCGCCGCCGUUCUACGCAGGCCCGCUCCCACCUCCCGGCCUCCUCCCGCCGCCCGGCUCGCAUCCGCCGCCCGGACCCUGGCCGCCGGUUCAGCAGCAGCAGCAGCUGCCGCAGCAGCAGCAGCCACGGGGCCAUCUCCCGCCUCCACCCAGCCACCUCCCGCCGGGCCAGCCGUGGGCACCACCAUCGCGCAUGCACCCGCAUCGCGCCGCAAGGGGCCGUGGCCGCGGCAGAUGGUAG